ACCACAGACCCUCGCAUGUCACGGCCCAAUCACGGCGCAGCACGCGGGAGCGCGCGCGCCCAACGGCCGUUUCCCUCCUGCUCUCGCGGCCUCUCUCACCUAGGCGGGGGGGAGGGGAGGGCGGCGUCGUCGACGACGGUCCCCUCCCGUCCCGAGCCCCCGUAUCUCCGGGAGGGAGGGGCGCCCGUUGUUCUCGGCUCUGGCGCUGCCCGCUUGUCCUUCCUUCCGCUCCUCAGAGGCGGGAGAGGGGCGGGCUCAGCCGUCCGCCGAGUCUCCGCCUUCGCCGAAUGGCUGCGCUUUUCUCUCCCCCCCCCUCAGCGGAUUCCGGGCGGAAGUGACGUCGCUCCCUCAGACGGCAACCCAGAACCCGUUGAGGGGCGAACCGUCGCAACGGCUAGCUGCUACCCAUGCUUGGGCUUCGGCCAAUGGGGUGGCGAGAGAGGCUUAAGUGAGCAGCACAGGCGGAAGAACCUCGAGUCAGAUCACUCCUCCUCUUCCUGGACGCUGGAGGAAAAUCAACCGGGAGACCCGGGAGUUCUUGCGUGUUUUGCCAUGGCAGCCGAGGCCAGGUGGUGCUACCGGGGGGAUCCGCAGGAGGAACAGCGCGCUCCGCUCGUUCAGUUUACAAAUGGGAAGUUGAAGAGUUCGGAAAAUAUGAAUUUUACCUUGUACAGAAACAAAGACACCAAUAACCCAAAAAAGAAAAAUAAACGAAUGUUGAAUGUGGAAACAGAAAGACUCUCUUAUGUAGGAAAUAACUUUAGCACAGGAGCUAUGAAAAGCAGGACUCCAUGCAGAUACUUUGUUGGUGUAUUAGACAAGAACUCUGGACAAAUGGAAGUCUAUAAUGCAGAGUUAUUCAACAUGCAGCCAUUGAUUUCAGAUGGUGUAGCUGAUGAUGACCUGUCAGAAUAUUUGACUAAAUCCUAUCGAGAGAAGAUAGAUAUGUGCAUUGAAGCCUUUGGAACCAACAAGCAGAGAAGAGCCCUGAAUUCUCGGAGGAUGAAUGAAGUUGGCAAGGAAGUGUUGAAUAAGGCUGUAACCAAAGCGGCAGAAGACAUUAUAGAGACAAAGGGAGUUGCUGCUUUGGUCAGCGAUGCGGCAGAGGGUGAUAAGGCCGACGUCUCUCUCGUUCUUCCCCCAUGCCACGAAGAUGCUGGCAGACCAGAGGAUGUCUACAAGCUCGAGGACAUUAUUCCACCUGCUGAGUAUGAGGCGCUUGAGGCUCCUGCUGCAGCUUUCAUGAAUGUAACCCCAGAAGAAAUCCUCAAAAUGGCAGAAGAGAAAAGAUACUGCUCCUUUGUCCUGGAUGAACUUAAGGCCAUGCCUCUGGAUGACAAGAGGCGUGAUCACAAGGCUCGAUGUCUUUGGUAUUUGGAUUGUCUUGUCAAGCUGAGCUCGCAAAGGGUAGUUAAAAAGAAACUUGCACUGGGACCUGAUUGUCCACACAUUGUCAGCAACCAACUUGUGAAAACCUUUACAGCACUAUCAUUUGGCAACGGCAGGCUACAGAAUCAAGUUUCUGCUUCCAUGAAAGUGAAGAUUACGGCCUAUGCCAUAGCGCUGGCUUUGCAUAUUAACAACUUCCAAACAGACCUGACAGUGUUACAGCGGGAUCUGAAAAUGCGGGAUUCCAGGAUACUCGACAUUGCCAAGGCAAUGAGGCUGAAGAUCUCCAAAAGCAAAAGCCUCUCUGGAUUGGAUGAACACAAACUGGGGACACUGUCUCUGCCCUUGCCUGUGUACAAAAUGCCAUCAGGCGGAAGGAAACGCAAGGCGAACUAAAUGGCGACUGUCACUCUUUGUCGAGCCCCGACUGUUCUCCAGUGUCACACCAGGCUGAAGGAAUGAAUUGGUCUUCCAGUUGUUGCAACUGAGCACCUUCUUGAACUGGACAAGGCCUUAAUAAAGGAUUAGACCGACA